CACACACAUAUAGUUAUAAAAUUAAUAUAAUAAAAGAAAUAAAAAUAUGCAAAUGAUUGAUGCUGAAAUAAUUAAAAAGUGCGAAUAUAUGGACAAUGAAGCAUCGUUAUGCUUUUUAUUAAUCAAAGAUGAUAAUAUUGUUUACAAAUCCAAAUCAUUUUUAUUAUUAGAUAGUGAUAUAUUACAAUUUAAAGAGCUUUUUACAGCUUUUAAUCAGGGACAGUUAUUAUCUAUUAAUAAUGCACCAUUUAGCGUAGAUGAAAAGGAUAAUGUAGAGAAUAAUUAUUUUACAGGCAAGGAUAACAAUGGUAAUAUAAUCCAUAUCAAAGAGACACUAGGUUUCAUCUUUGUGGUAAUUGUUUCUCCAGACUCUUCAUUAAAAAGAAAGGAAAUCUUGGAAUUAGCUCACAAUCUUAUUGAAGUAAAAUAAAGAUAGAGAAUAAUAUAUAAAUAAAAAAAAAAUAAAAAAUUAAAUAAAUAAUAUAUAUUUUGUUGUUUUUAUUUAAAUU